AUGUCGGCCAACUGCAUCGGUAACAAGUCGAUACGCCAACUCGCCAAUUCAUUGAAAUGCAACUCUACCUUAUCUUCCUUAGAUCUAGGAUUCAAUAGAAUAACAGAUAAAGGUGGUAUAUUGCUGUUGGAAUCGCUAUCUUCAACAACUACGACAACUACAACAACAACAACAACAUCAUCGACAACAUCAAAAGUUUGUCCAAUUGAAAAGCUUAUACUUUCAGGCAAUCAACUUACCUAUCAAUUCGGUGAAGUACUAUCGUUGUUUCUUUGUUUAGAAACGACAAAACUCAAAUAUCUAGAUAUAAGUCAUUGUUCAAUUAAGAAAUGCUCAGCACAAUUGAUACAAUCGAUAUUAACAAAUCAAACACUAACCAAUGUAAAUAUUAAUCAUACUAACCUUAAGAAAUCAUCUUUAAAACAUCUCAUUUAUAACAUAGAGAAUCAUCGAAGCAUCAUCGAACUAAAAGUAUUAAAUCAACAUUAUAUUAUUCCACAAUCAAUAAUCAAAUAUCUAAAUAAUAUAGAAUCAAUAAAUAUAAUUUAA